AUGACUGGAACAAGUAUCUCCUCUCAAGAAAAGAGAGGAUACGAAGAGCAUUAUAUUACAUCAGAAACAAUCGUCACCUCAGAAAAGGUCGAGGACUUCUUAAGCACGUCUGUCGAGAAGGAACAUUAUGGUCUAUCAGACAGAGCAUCUGCUCAGCAACAUCUUGAAGAAGAAGAAGACUCUCCUAUUGAAGAAGUCCGCGCUGUAGUCCCCAACACUGAUGACCCCGAUUUGCCAGUAUACACCUUCCGUGUUGUUUUCCUUGGUUUAGUCUUUACCUGUUUCCUUGCCUUUGUCAAUCAAUUCUUCUUUUACAGAGACAACCCAAUGGUUGUUGGUGCCCUCGUUGUUCAAUUGAUUAGUUUCCCUCUUGCCAAAUUCAUGGAAAAGAUUAUCCCUAAAUCCAAAUUUUUCAACCCCGGUCCUUUCAAUGUUAAAGAACAUGUCUUGAUUGUUGUCAUGGCCAACUGUUCAUACCAAACUGCCUAUGCUAUGGAUAUCAUUACCAUUCAACGUAUCUACUACGGCCAAAAUAUGGGCUGGGGUGGAGGUAUUCUGUUGAUUUGGACAACCCAAUUGAUCGGUUUCGGUCUUGGUGGUAUCCUUCGUAAAUAUCUUGUGUACCCUGCUUCCAUGGUCUGGCCUGCAAACUUGGCCACAAUCUCUCUUUUGCGUUCAUUGCAUCAAGUACAAGACAACUGGACUGGUCCCAGUCGUUUCAGAUGGUUUUUGUACAUGUUUAGUGCCAUGUUUGUUUACCAAUGGCUCCCCAGUUACUUCUGGCCAAUUCUUGGUGCUUUCUCUUGGAUCUGCUGGAUCAAUCCUCGCAAUCUCAUCUUGAGUCAAGUGACUGGUUCAAAAGCUAUGGGUAUUCUUGCCUUCAGUUUCGAUUGGAGUCAAAUCGUAUCUUAUUUGAUGAACCCCCUUGUUGUCCCUGGUUGGGCUAUUGCCAAUAUUGCCGUUGCUUUCGUUAUUGUCGCCUGGAUCAUCGGUCCUGCCAUGUACUACUCAAACGUCUGGGACGCUCAAAAGUUCCCUAUGAUCACAUCCAAGCUCUUCACCACAAAUGGUGACUCUUGGGUCAACAGCAAGGUCUUGACUGCAGAUAGACUCUUGGACGAAGCAGCUUAUGCUGAAUACGGUCCGCUUCGUAUGGCUCCCUUCUUUGCCCUCAACUACGGUAUUGGUUUUGCUGGUAUCACCUGUAUCUUGGUUCACACCUACUUGUAUCACGGCAAGGAAAUCGUAGCACGAUUCAAGGAAUCUCGUACAAAGGAAAACAACGAUGAUAUCCACAUGAAGUUGAUGCGUGUCUAUCCUGAAGUCCCUCAAUGGUGGUAUGCCCUUAUCUUUAUCGUUUCUUUUGGUGUCUCCUUUGGUGUGAUUUAUGGCUGGCCCAUUUUUCUCCCAUGGUGGGGCUUGAUCCUUGCUGUUGCUAUUUCUGUCAUCUUUUCUUUACCCAUUGGUAUCAUUACCGCCAUUACCAACCAAACUCCUGGUUUGAACAUCAUUACCGAACUUAUCAUCGGUUUUGCUUUGCCUGGUCAUCCCAUUGCCAACGUCACCUUCAAGACUUAUGGUUACAUUUCCAUGGUUCAAGCCAUUACCUUUGUCAGUGAUCUCAAGCUUGGCCACUAUACCAAGGUUCCUCCUAGAGCCAUGUUCUGGGCACAAAUCGCUGGUACUAUCCUUGCUGGUCUUAUCAACUUGGCUACCGGUACCUGGCUUAUGGAUACUGUCAAGGAUAUCUGUAGCGACGGCGCUGCUCCUUGGACCUGUCCUAACGCCAAUGUGUUCUACUCUGCCUCUAUUAUUUGGGGUGUCAUUGGUCCCCAGAAGAUGUUUGGUCCUGGAUCUCCUUACAAUGCCAUGUUGUGGUUCUUGCUCAUCGGUUUGCUCCUUCCUAUUCCCUUCUACUUCUUGGCCAAGAGAUAUCCCAACAGCUGGGUCAAGUACGUCCAUAUUCCUCUUUUCCUCAACGCUCUUGGUAUGAUGCCUCCUGCUACUCCCAUCAACUACUUCAUGUGGUGCUCCAUCGGUUUCUUCUUCAUGACCAUCCUUCGUCGUUACAAGCACGACUGGUGGAUCAAGUAUAACUACGUUACGGCAGCUGCCUUUGAUACUGCCUCAAGUAUUGCUACGCUCAUCAUUUUUGGUGUUCAAACAGGUUCGAACGUCUAUGAAUUCAACUGGUGGGGAUCUGGUGGACAAGUCUACUCCGGCCUGGAUUAUGUUGCCGCUGAUAACUGUCCUCUUUCCAUGGCUAAUGGUCAAGGUGUGUGUCACUCAUGUGCACCUGCCUCUUAA